GGCAUCCUCGGGUCAGGUUUUGCCCUGAAAGUACAGGAGCAGCACCGCCAGAAGCACUUUGAGAAGAGGAGGAACCCAGCUGCCAGCCUCAUCCAGUGUGUCUGGCGUAGUUAUGCUGCUGAUGAGAACUCGGUUUCCAUUGCUACCUGGAAGCCUCAUUUGAAGGCGUUGCAUACCUGCAGCCCCGCAAAGAAAGAGCAGGGCGAGACUUCCUACAGUCAGAAGUUGAGUUUUAAGGAGCGGGUCCGUCUGGCGAGUCCUCGGGGUCAGAGCAUGAAGAGCAGGCAGACGUCCGUUAGCGAACGCCAGCGCUCUUCCCCCGGUAACGAGGUGGUGGGCGGGGCCGAUCUGAUGGGAGGAAGCCCCGCCAAGGUGCAGAAGAGCUGGAGCUUCAACGAUCGGACCCGGUUCAGACCCUCGCUGAGGCUGAAGAGCCAGACCCGCACCGCUGUCCCUGACGUGGAUCCAGGAAUGACCACAGAGGAUUCCUUUGAUGAGCGAGGCUGCCAUUGUGACGUUACAGUGGAGGAUCUAUCAGCUCCUCUCAAGGCUGUCAUCAGAGCUGUCAGGAUCAUGAAAUUCCACGUGGCAAAAAAGAAGUUUAAGGAGACAUUGCGUCCGUACGAUGUGAAAGACGUCAUAGAGCAAUACUCUGCCGGACACCUGGACAUGCUCUGUCGCAUCAAGAGCCUCCAGACUAGACUAGACACUGUAGUGGGGCCCCCUCCGAGGCCUUUCAGCAGCCGCGUCAAGACCUUGUCCUCUCCCUCCCUGCAUUUAUAUUACAGCCAGGCCCGGAGGAAACAGUCUGCACCGGGGUUAGACACACCCCGUCCUGAUCUGCCCGACAACUGCCUCCCCGCUAACAUAACCAAAAAUGUGAUGAUGUCGCACCUGGGUCAAGCAGCCUGCAAUCACAUGCUUUUGAACCUAUAUGGCAAUUCAGUGCACCCUUAUAAAUGCACAGGGUGGCAAUAGUCAAAGAAGCUUUUUUUAAAUGUAUUUUAGCUUGGAUGCAUACCUGUUUAACUGCCAAAUUGAGAUUACAAAGGCAUACAAUUGAUAUUAUGUUAAGCCUACUUUACUCUGAGAUAGGUGGGGUUUACACAAACUAAGAACUGAUCAGUACAUGGGAGGUUUAUGUACACUAUUUUACCAAUUUGGCUGCUUUACCCAGGUCAGGUUGAAGAGGUCAUCAAG